AUGUCGCUUUCUCCUGAUCAAUUGAAAGGUAUCAAUGACGUUGACAAAUUGAAAGAAAUUUGUGCAACGUUAAUGAGAAUUAAAGAAAAGGAGACCACCUCAAAGAACAAAGCGCGUGAAAUUGCUCAAUCUCUUCAACAAACUCUUCAAACAAAGGAAUUAGAAUUAAAAUGCUUAAAAGAAAAGGUUGAGACACUUAAUACUAUCAUUAAAGAAAUGUCGGCUAAGCAGGAUGAAAAGAAAGAAGAGACCAAUAAUUUAAUCCAAAUUGAUUCGAAUCAAAACUACGAAAAUGAAAUCAAAAACCUCAAGUCUCAGCUUGAAGAAAGCAAUAAACUAUACAAUGAUGAAAAAGAAAUAGUUGAUGAACUUGCUUCGAUUAAAAUUCGCUUAGAACAAGAAAUUUCGGACUUAAAACAAAACAAUGCAGCAUUAUCAUCCAAUCAAAACUCAAAUGAUGAACUUUCACAGCAAAUUUCCGAGCUAAAAUCAAAAUUACAAGAAAAAGAGAACGAAAAUCAAAAAAUUAUUAAUCUUGGUAAAUCGAAAAUAUCUGACCUCGUAUCACAAUUACAAUCUGCGCAAUCUCAGAUCGAAUCUCUCAAAUCUGAAAGAGAUAAAUUACGAAAUGAAAAUUUGAGCUCAUCUAAUAUGAACGAAGCGGAUAAAACAGCAAUUGAAAACUUACAAAAGUCCGUAGAUCAAUAUCAAAGCCAAAAUUUCGAAAACCAACAGAAAAUUCAACAACUUCAAAAUCAAAUCAAUCAGCAAAAGGAAAACUACGAAUCAGAGAUUUCUAAACUUACAGAAUCAGUAAAUACUAAGACUCAAAGUUUAGAAGAACUCAAAAAUAAGCUUGAAGAAGCUGAAAAACAAAAUAAAAUUUUCGAAACAAAUUCAAAAGAAGAAAACGCCAAAUUUAAUGCAACAAUCAACGAUUUGAAUGCUAAAGUACAAAGUCUUACAGCAGAAAAAGCAGAAAUGUCAAAGGAAACUCAAAAUAUAAAAUCUGAGAUCGAAUCUUCCAAAGCAAAUCAAUCAGAAACCAUCAAAAAACAAACUGAUGAAUAUGAAAGUAAGAUUAAAGCACUAAAUGAUCAGUUAACUGAACUAAAACAAAAAUUAGAAACAUCCGAAAAUAAUUUGAAAGAAAAAGAAGACCAACUUACGGAUUUGAACUCCAAAUACUCUGAAAGUCAACAAAACAACAAGAAUUCUGAUCAAAUUCUUCAAGAAUUAAAAUCUAAAAAUCAAUCCAACGACGAAACAAUUUCUAACCUCAACAACAAGAUCAAAGAACUUGAAGGAACAAUUGCAACCCUAAAUGAAGACAAAAAGACCCUUAUUUCCAUCACAGAGUUGAAUAAUGCGAAAGCAAAGGAAAGAAUCCAUCAAUUGAAGAACCAACUUCGCGACAGCAUCGAACAGCAUAACACAGAAGUCCACGGAAUUGAAGACGAAAGAAAGAAAUUCCAAGAUGAAAUAGAUGGACUGAAAUUAAAGCUAAAGAAGCAAGGAGAUGAAGCAUCUGGAUACAAGAAGACAAUCGCAAGUGAUGGAGUUGAAAUUCAGAGCCUUAAUAAAACAAUUGCAGAAUUAAGAGUUGAAAUUGAAGGAUUACGAGGUGUUCAGAAGGCCAACGAUGAUUUACAAGAAGAGCUUAGAUCAGCCAGAUUGGAAAUAACCACUAAAUCCCAAGAUCUUUCGAAUGAAACAACUCAAAAUGACAGAUUAACCCAAUUACUCAAUGAUAAAGAGCAAAUUAUCAACAAACUCAAGGAUACAAUACAAAUGUACAACAAACAGGAUGCCGCAAAGAGCACAACCAUUGAAGAAUUAAGAGUUGAAAUUUGUCAAUUGACAGAAAAGAUCGCACAGCUUUCUGUUGCCUCAAACAAAGACCAGUCAGACCUUAUAUCCAAACUGGAGAUGGAUAAAACAGAGCUAGAGUCCAAAUUGGCCAAUAAUCAAGCUUCAAUUGACUUAAUGAACAAAAACAGACAACUUUCCGCGAUGAUGGAGAAAUCAAACAGACUUUAUACGAUGCUUGUUGAAGAGAACAAAGCGUUGAAUCAAGAAUUAGAGAAGUUAAGACCAAUAAAAUCCAUCAAAACUAUCGAAAACUUCAUUAAUUUCACUUUGAAACCUCAACAGAACCAGAAAUCCAAGUCAAAGUCACAGGAAUCCAAUGAUGUAACAAUGGCUUACUUGAGGAGAACUCUUUUGCAGUUCUUUUCUGAAGAAAACAGCUCUAGAAACACUAUGGUUCCUCUUAUUUUGGAUUUGGUCGGCUGUACGAAGGAGCAGAUUGCAGUUGCUUCGCGUGAAUAUGAUAGAUCACAACAACUCAUUACGAGAACAUCGCGAUUCUUCUUCAAAUAA